AUGUAUCUCAAUUCUGCUGUUAAGGGAGAAGCCAAGAAGCUGAUCGAAGGGCUAGGAACCACCAACAGGAACUACGCCAUUGCUGUCAACACUUUGAAAGAAAGAUAUGGACGCGUGGAACUUGUUAAGGAUGCACAUUACUCUGCUUUAAGCAAGAUCAAGCCUGCCGACAGUUCCACUAGCAGUUGCCGGAAGGUUUUGAACGAGAUAGAGACUCAUCUUAGAGUGUUAAGUUCCUUAGGCGAAGACGACACACACAGCUACCUUCGGUUUGUAAUACUGGAAAAAUUCCCCGAAGAAAUAGUCUAUGAGUUGAAGAAAAGAGUUCAGGAUGACUCGGUACCCGAAAUAAGGAAGGAGCUAGAGAAGCUGAUAUCCGCCAAGGAAGAUGCUAGUCGAUUUAUGUCUCAGACAAGUGAAAGUACUUCAGGCAACUACACUACUGAGACACUGCACAUCAGUGAAAGAUUUAAUAACCCUAGAUUUGGAAGAGGAAGAAAUAAUUAUAGAUUUAAGAAUAAUGGUAAUGGACAGCGAAACAAUUAUACUUCACUUUCAAGAGACCAGGGGCGGAAGAGGAAGUUUGAAAAUAAUCAAGAAAGAAAAUUUUCAACGGAACCAUCUGGAAAGAGGUUUAAGAAGUCAUGCAUCUUCUGUGAAGCAGAACAUAACUCCCAAGAUUGCAACAGAUACACGACAAUAAAAGGGAGAAUGGAUAGACUUAGGACUCGUUGUUUUAGAUGUAUAAGAAGGGGGCACCAGAGGCGAAUGUGCAGAGAAAGGAAACCUUGCACGCACUGUGGAGACAGAUACCAUCACUUGCUUCUGUGCCCAAGGUUACUUCCAGAAAAUAAGCAGAUAAAGACAACGGAAGUACAGAAGAACAAAGCGGAAACAUCUAAAAAUGAACAGGAAAACAACGGAGCCUCCGGGCCUACCAUUCCUUUGUGA